GGCAGAUGUACAUAGUCCAACGACCCAACUCCGCGCUAGUGCUGACAAGUUGACAACGAAGGAAAGAAAGAAUUCUAAGCCCUGCACUCCGAACUGGCCCACGCCCUGUCACUUCUUACCGGACUACACUGUUCCCGAGGAGGAACUUUGUGAGCCAUGGCACGUGGCAGCCGUGUCUGUCCGUUUUGGUCUGGGUCUUGUCAUCUUGAAAGGCUACCUUGGCUAGGCUAGCAAGUGAGUUGGUUUUUUUGCUGCGGACAGGAUGUGAGUUGAGCCGAACGUUGGUCGAGUGCUAAGCCUAGCCAUCUUCCAAGACCAUGCGGGAUGGCUUUUUGGUCGACGAUGGAUGGGACCUUGAGGUUGGAUGCCAUCCCAAAUUAGACUACGCACACCAAAUCUGAAUUGUUCACGUUCAUCCUAUUUCAAUAGAUGGGAUGCCAGUAUAUAACUAGACAUCAAACCCCGCUCUGAUGAUGGCUUCUUCUCUUGCGUCUCAUCACACAGUGAACGCUUAAUAACAUCAUCUCAUCUUUCCUUGAGUCUUCUCUACUUUGUCUCCUUUCCCACUUUGACUAGCAUUGUUUCGGCAUCGUCAUCUCCAGCAAGCAUUCAAAGCAACAACAACACAUUCAAAAUGUACUUCACAACCAGCUCCGUCGCCCUCACCCUGGCCCUCGCCUCCUCGGCCCUCGCAGCCCCCUACAGCAGCCAGACGACCUCCGCUCCCGCUCCCACUUCCACUCUAUCCCUCACCCAGCAGCUCUUCCUCGCCGACACCGCCGCAGACCGCUUCAAGCUCCUCCCCGACGACAAGCAGUUCGUCUUCGACUUCAACCAACCCCAACAAAACCCCGGCAAAGGAGGCGAACUCGUCGCCGCCAACCGCAAGACCUUCCCCGCCCUAGUCGGCACCGGCGCCGGCAUGGCCGUGGGCCGCGUCGGCCCCUGCGGCAUGAACACCCUCCACGUCCACCCCCGCUCCUCCGAGCUCCAGAUCGUCGUCAAGGGCCGCCUCAUCACCGAAAUGACGCCCGAGAACGGCGUCGUCCUCGCCGCCGACGGAAAGACCCGCCGCGCCAUCCGCACCGAGCUGGGACCCUUCCAGAUGACACCCUUCUACCAGGGCUCUCUGCACACGCAGUUCAACCCGGACUGCGGCGACGCCGUCUUCGUGGCGAGCUUCGCGUCUGAGGAUUUCGGCACCGGACAGGUUGCGGAUAGCACCUUUGCCUUGACGGACGAUGUCAUCGCUGCUACCUUUGGGCAGAGCAUUGCUGGUGCGGAUAUCGAUCGCGUGCGCAAGGCUAUUCCCGCUAGCAUUGCGCUUGGGGUUGACGAGUGCUUGAAGAAGUGCAACAUCCAGAAGCGUGCUUUGUAAGCUGGUAGGAGAAGCACUUGGGGGAUAUUUAAUGGUGUUGGCGAGUGAGCGUUGUUGAUUGCUGUAGAGAGCGUGGCAUCUUGCAUCUGGCAAGCGAGCAUUUGGUUUGGUAUUCGGAUUAUUGCAUGGACUUUGAGCGUUUUGCUUUGGAAUUCUUUCUCAUUCUGUUUGCCC